CUCCACUAGUACUGCGCAACCGCAAUAAACACAGAUCCAGAUGACCGGCAGGAGUUCAUCUCUUCCCCGGAAACCGGCCGCUUCUGAAAGACAACGUCGUGAUCGGAUGAAACACCUCUACUCUACUCUUGCCUCUUUCCUUCAUCUUCAACCUUACGAGAGGAUGCCUUUGCCAGAGUUCUUGGAUCGUGCAGCAAAUGCACUGAUGCAUUGGAAAGAAAGAGUGGAAAGAUUGAAGGCUAGGAAAGAAGAGCUUGAAAGCGAACUUAGAUAUGCUUCGAAUAACGGACAGAGUUUGCAGCUUGUUCGAGUGACUGAAAUUGAUUCGAAACUUGAGGUUAACUUGAUCAUCUCGGCGAAUAACAAGAAAGCGGAGGCUUUUCACGUAUUGAGUGUUAUAGAGCAAGGUGGUGCUGAAAUUACGAACUCUAGUUUCUGCACUGUUGGUCAACUCAUCUAUUGCACCAUCCAUGCUCAGGCUUUUCAAGCUCGGGUAGGGUUUGAUGUUGCGUUGAUAGAGUCCCGGUUGUUGGAACUGGUUUACUUAUCAUAAGUAAUUGGAAUUAAUACGAUUGUCUGCUGAGUUAUUGGAUCUCACACUAGAAUGUUAUAGUAAGAUUGGAGGAUGAUUAAAAUAUACGCAUCAAAGUGGAAAACUACAAGGUUGUAAAUUAAGAGAUUUUGUACGUAUACGUAAGAUACGUAUUUUAGAUUGUAUUUGCAUAAAUACCGUGC